AUGUUCGGAUCAUCUUCGGAUGAUAUUCGCGAGAACACCUCGACUUUUUCCGAUCUUCAAAUGUGAGCGUCUCAGCUUCAGUAAGAAGCGAAUCUUUUGUUAUUGUCAAAAAGGAUGACAACUCUAAACUUUGAUGAAGAUGAAGUAAACUUGGAUAACAAUGUAGCGGUAAGUUAUUGUGGAAAAGGUCUCAAAUGACAAAAAUACCUCCACUUUACAAUGUAGCAUGAAUACACGGACAUACACUGGCCACCAAUAUGGCUCCUAUAUCGUUCAUGAAUAUAAUGGAAUGCCUCAGCCAACAUAUGACGAACAAGUUGUGUCAUUGGCGAGUUCAGGGUGAAUUUGGAAACAAACUGUGCUUAGAUUUUCUUGACCUUUUUCACUGUUCAUUCCAAAAACAUAUUGUAUUGAACAGGAUCCCUACGUUUGAUAUUGAUUAACUUCGUUACCAUGCACCUUUUCCCGGUAUGUUUCUGGCUCUGGAGAGAUUUUAACUUGGGGAAUCAUAGUAAAGGGUUCAGAUUUUAGAACAGAAAUAUUAAAAAAAUGGGCGCACUAAAUGUAUUUUGAAAGGGCAAUGCAGGCAUCGAUGUAUUUCCCAACACUGUGCCAAAACUGACUGCAAGGACAUUCCAUUUUUUAUGUGUGACACAUCGCAAUUUUUUUAGUUUUUUUUUCUACAAGAAUAAUCCAGAUGGGCAACAACCAAUCAAGGAGCCCUCUCUGAAAUAUUAUCCUUUUCCCUUGCUUAGUGUAUCUUCGCUCAUACGAGAUCACAAUAUAUUUUUGGUUGGGGUCUUUUCAGUCUGCUUUUUGCCAUAAAAUUGCCUGAAAUUAUGUUUUUGAGGCGACUAACUGUAGAUCAAUAAUUUUGAUUUCUUUCUGUUAGAGGAACAGCUGUAAGCAUAAUCUCUUUCCCAACCGUUAUUUGAUCUUGUCACACAAUGGUGCUCUCUCAAAUGAGGAAUAGGUGUUGUUUGAUGAGACCAAACAACGGCUGCAAGGGAGACUGCAGUAAGCAUGGCACCAAUGCAUUUUACUUUUGCAUAGAAGUAGUCAGAAAAUAGAGACAAUAGACAGAUUAGAUAGAUUGUUUUCUCUUUCUUUUGAAGUGAAGUAAUGUGAUAUUUUCAUUCUUUUGAAAGUUAUGAAAACACCAGGAACACAAAGUGUCUCAUUUUGACCGACCCAGCUGAAAAAAUAACUCUUCCAUGCUAUGCAUGCCUAUGUUUUACACACGUCUACGUUGUAUAUGAAGUUCCUCCCUUCCCUCUUCCCAUGGAAUUUAAGACUGCAACACCUCAAAGUUUCAUAUCAGUACCUUUGAAAUUUACCUGGAAGGAGUUCAUGGUUUUGCUGGUGUCCUUAAAAAAAAAAAAACCUUUUGUUCUAAUUUCUGGGUGCAGGCCGGCAAUCUUGAAAUGGAUAUGUUUUUGCAACAACCCAAACCCUACCCUACUGAUAGGGUGACUCAUGUUAUGUCUCCUUCUUCUUUUGUAUAUUUUAAAGCUACAAGAAGAAGCAGCCAUUGUGAAUGACUCUAGUGUUUAUCAAGUAACACUGUCAGAACCCUCAAGUUCUGCGAGCAAUGGUCAACAGUAUGCUGUUAUAACUGGCCUACCAUCUACAGGUUGGUGCAUAUGGUUAGGGCUAGGGCUAGGGUUGAAUAUACAUACAUUUAACAGACUGCAGAGUUCACUUAUAAUGUAAUUUCCUUUCCUCUUAAAUUACAGUGGAACGACUCCUCACUGACCUCUUGAAACAAACUCAAGAGAAUUCAGGACUUCUACAGCAAGCAUUGACUGAGCUGCAUGAAUUGAAACAACAAGUGCAAAACCAAAAGAAAUUUCCAUUCACUGUCAAGACAUGUGGAUUCGAGGUACUGUUUUUCAGCAAGUUCAAUUUCAUAAUGCUUCUUAUACACCCCAGCUUGUAUGCAUCGGAUCCUAAUUCAAACAUGAUUUUGGUAGCUCAUCAAGAUCUAAGCAGAAAGUAUUCAAUUUUUGCUAUUACCAUUGUCAUUAUUAUUUUCUUCAAUUUUUAGGUCACUGUUAUUGGCAUCCAGCAUUGCUAGAAUUAUCAUUACUAUUGUCAAUAGUAAUAUUAUGGUUACUAUAUUAUUAUUCUUUUAUCAUUAUUAUUUUUGAUAUUUUUGUGGUACUUUAUGUGAAUAAUAGCUUUUUGUGUUCUUCCCUAUUAAUUGUUUUUGGAUAGAGGGAACUGGUGUUAAAAGCAAAAGAAAUAUUUGUUACAUAUGGACCAUGGCUUGUCAAUGGUUCUUUGGAUAAAUUAAAGGUAAUUAUGCUUGCAUUGAUGACAAAAUUAAUGGCCAAAAUAUGAACAUUAUCAAUUCAUGUGCAUAGUUGCUAAACCUUUAACCAGGAUAAUUAAACAAAGAACCAGUUGGUGUGAUUACAGAUGGCUAGAAUAGAUCAAAUAAGGGAACCAGCCACAUUUUAGAUCUUGGUCAGGUCACCAUCUCCCACAUAAUUAAUUGUGUAUCCAAUAACCUUGUAUUGGGGAGGAAUCAUUUUUUUUUCUUCUUUUUCUUCUUUGUAACAAUGUUUCAUGCAUGUGCUUGUAUGUUUUAUUUACAAGGCAUAGUCAUUACCAUAAGUUCCCUUUGUGAGAUGUAUGUCCUUGUUUCAGGAAAAAAUUGAGGUCCUGUUAGGAGGAGCUGAUAGAGUUGAUGCCCACCAUGUGGCCAGUUGUGUAUCAUAUUGCAAAGAAAAAUACACAUUAUGGAGAGCAGACAUAAGAAAGAAGGUGAGACAAUAAACUUUCUGUCAUGCAUUUUUAGCACAUAUACAGAUAUUCAUGGUCUCACUGUUCAAUGGUUGAAUUCUAAAUUCAAACCACCAGCCUGAAUGAACUGAUGUUUGUCAAACCUUUCACCUUACAGGUUCUCAACAGAAAAUUAAAUCAUCUGAAAAUAGCUGAAUUCACUAAUAAGUUGUAUGCCCCCUUCAAGACCAAGGAGGAAGAAAUGAAAAAUGCUACAAAGACUGCAAUGCUACUGGUAUAACUUUUGAUUUUUGCUACCUAAAAUGUUUUUUUUUUGUUUAAAGUUAUACUGCACUGGCAUUUUAUCCAUUGUAUGAUUGCCUUGACAACCUAACCUGAGCAUACAACUGUAACUUGUGGUUUCUGUAAUUCACUAGUUUAAUCUCCUAGAUUUAAGCUGCAAUCCUUAAAAAUGUUAACUUUAUUUUUGCUCUUCAUGUAUUUAGCUAGUGGCCCAAAAUCUUGAAUUGCAGGACUGAUGUUCUAAAUGGUUGUUAAAAAUAAAGAUUCUUGCCUGUAUCAACAACUUUACUGCAAAAUAUUAAAUAAGUUGUAGUUGAAAAUCAAGAUUUGUUUCCUUAAAUUGUUUUUCUUCACAGCGCAAGUUUGCUAGUGAGACUGGCUACUUUGACGAGACAUCAAAAUCAGACUUUUGGGACAAGUUUGUUGACUUUGCCAAUGCAUGGAACAAAAACAAAAUUUCAAACAAAUGGACAACGCUGAGGACUGAAGAUGAAUCCAAAUACACAGAAACACUUGAAACAUCACAUUAAAAGUUAUCUAAGGUUAAAUAGGACUGUGCCUUUUAAAAUAUAACCUCAUACUUACACUUUGUAAACUUUGGUCCAACAUUUCAUUAUUUUACAAUGUUAUAUUUUAAUGAUGUACAAAAUGAAGGAAUCUUUUCAGCUUCAUAGCUGACAGUUCUGAUAUUUACAUCUCUAUGUAAGAACCUCUUGAUAAUGUUCCUAUGGGAUCAGUUAAAUUGAAGGCAGUGUAUAUUUCAAAAUCAUAUUUCAUAAAUCACUUACAGCUAUCCUUACAGUAAGUUAGUUGUAAGUAUAUAAUGUAAAAGGGCGGCACUAUUUUGCUGAGAUAGAACUGUUAUUGAAUUUCUGUACAAGCAACUUGUUCAACUUGGGAUAUAAUUUUUGAGAAUAAGUGGCUUGCAAAAAUUUGAGUCAAAAAUGACAUAUUGUUUUUAAGAAGUAUACCACAAUCAAAAUACUUUUUCAGGCUUACACAUUUUAUUUUAAAAAGGUUGUAAUUAAGAAACAAAUUUUUGGUCUAGUAAUACUGCAGUUUGUCCUCAAGUGAAUUCUAUUUUUUAUUUUAUGUUGCAUAAACACCUUUGCUAUGUACAGGUAAGUGUUGGUCACCUUAUUUCUGCGAAGUACAUUACUCACUGAGAUGGGUUGCCUAAAAAUUUUUGUUUGUUUAUUUAUUUGUUAUUUAAUCUGCUCUACAUGUAGAAAGUAGUAAAUGGAAAAGGAAAGUCAUUCUAGGAAGUCAGUAAUAUCACCCUUCUACACUGUAGUUGUAAUCUCUGCAAAUUAUGUUCAUGUAGCAAAGUCUCAACCCCUUUGUGUCUCUCUGUG